GUUAUUAAUGUAGGAAGUUGGACAACCAUGUAUUCAACAGAUCUUGCGCUGUAGCGUUCUGUCAAAAUACAAAAGGAAAGCGUGUUUCGGUGGCCCCCCCUAAAAUUACAACAACAUAUCAACAAACAUAUCCUGGCCAAGUUAUGAGCCCACAAAAACAUGAAGCUUAAAAUUUUUGGUGAUUUUUCAACGAGAUGGCUGAACAUAAUUCCACGACAGCGUUCGAUACCCCGCUGUUUAGGGAAAUACAUAAGAACUCUUGGCUGACAAAAGUUCCUACAGAGAACACGAAAAAGAAAAAAGAGAAAGUAUGGGUGGUAUUUUGUGUCCAUGAUGAUAACGAAGCUUACUUAGAAACAUAUUUUGAUUCAAAAAUGGCAGCAACACAUAAACCUGACUGGUACGUCUCUUUACAACAUACUAGUCAUGUCUCACCAACAAUAUGCCCUCAAGAACAAGAAUAUGAAUUUGUGAUUACCUUAUACAACGAAGUUGUACGCUUAGCAGCCCCCACAUCUGAGCAAAUGCUUGAUUGGGUGGAGAGUUUACGUGCAAAAUUACAAGAACUGAGGAUACUCAGUCCAAAAGAAAAUAUUUAUUCAAAAAUGCCAGAGAACAAGGCAGCUAAUUUGUUACCAACACGAGAUCCUACAUCUCCGUUACCGCCCCCGCCGGCUGUGCCACCUGUAAUGUUGCCUGGAGUGGAGCCAUUUGAAUUGUCCUUGCACAGAAGUGGAUCAAAUGAAGAACAACAGAGUAGCGUAUUUAAUUUUGAAGAUUUGCAUUCCACUUUGACAAGUAGAAGCAGUUAUGACAGGCUUUUUGUGGAAAGACCAGGUCCGUCCACGAGAAGUUUUAGCUCACCCAGCCAUUUACAACCUCCCCCUCAACCAUCAUCAUAUCGUACACUACGAGAACAGCAAGUUUUACAAUUACAAAAAGAAAUGAAACAUCCCAGUGGAGUAAGGUUACAAUUAAGGCGGAAAGAUUGUAUUAGCUCAAUAGCUUUAGUUGAUAUAUUUAAUGGAGUUUGGAUUUGCGGUUGGAAACAAAAAGAACAUCCCAUGUUAUAUAAUGCUUUACACAUUGGUGAUCAAUUAUUAUUUGUUGAAAACAUUCCCGUAAAAAAUUCGACUGAGGCUAAUAAGAUUUUACGUCAUUCCUGUUGUGGUUUAUACGUGAAUGUUGUAGUCAAACGUGUACCGCACGGAAAAGUAUUUAUAAUCCAUCGGGAUACCGAAGGUCAAGCGUUGGGUAUCGUCCAAGAAGGUAACACGGCUGUGAUACGAUCCGUUCAGGUUGACAGCUUGGCGGCAAGGCACGGAUUAUCUGGUAGGACUCAAACUUGCGACGGUUUAUCGUUUACGAACUGGGUACUGACUGAAAUAAAUGGCCGUCCAUUGAACCUAUUCUUUAAAGAGAACCAAGUACGAGACAGACUUAAUUCCGUCGGAAGAGAUAUAUCAAUAUUGGUACAACCAAUGGAUUUAAUCAAACAGAUGAAGAAACAAAUGAAAAAUUUAAGAAAUUACAAGGAUUACAUAUUGCAAUAAAAAACAAAACUAAUCAAACUUUUUAAUUUCCUAAAUUAUUUUAAUUUCACAUCACAUUAUUUAUGUAAUAUAGAUUUAAAUCAAUUGUAAUGAAAUAAUACACGAAAUUUGCUUAAAAUUCGAUAAUUGCAAUUCUAUUUGUCAAAAAAAGUUGCUUUUUACAAAUUUGAUUUUUAUCAAAUUGAUUAUAAAAUUUAAAUAGAAGGUGCAAUUUACUGACGUUAAAUGUUAUAAAACGUAUAACAUUGAAAGAGGUCUUCUAUUUAAUUUUUUAUUGAGUUUAUUAAAAUAUUACAAUUAAAAAUCAUAUCUUUUAUUAAGCUACAAACUUUAUUAUUGAUUUAAACUGAUACAUAGUAUGUCUACUACAGACAAGUUUCCAUUGCCCAAUCUAUUAAAGUGUUUGCACUAUUUAAUACAUCAUCAAUAUUGAGCGGUAAUAUUAGUAAUAUUAGUACUGUCUUACAUGACUAUGUACUGUCUUGAAGAAUAUCUUCAUCAGUAAUUAACACAUCUUGCGCGGGAAGCGACUAAACUCGUUUUGCAUGGUAUUGAUGCCCGCUACAAGGUAAGACCUUGGCCGGCGCAAGAUGUGUUAACUUAUCAGAAUGUUCAUUUGCUCCUAUAGCCCAAUCAUAUAUUUCAUUAUCGUCCAAUACUGUUUCAAUACAAUUACGCUAAUGGUAUCCUCAUCAUCAAAAUCAUCGUCCAUCGAAUCAGCCGUAGUUGCGAAUGGAUGUUACAAACCACUCAGGAUAACGGAUUGUUUAGCGACAACUUUUUUAAUUUGCUGCCAAUGUCUCCAUUCAUCACCAAUAAAGGACACAGUACCUUUCUUCUGUA